AGAGACAGACAGAGAGAUAGGGAGAGAGACAGACAGGUACAGAGAGACAGACAGAGAGAGAGAGAGACAGACAGACAGACAGACAUUCAAAGAGACAGACAGAGAGAUAGAGAAAGACAGACAGGGACAGAGAGACAGACAGAGAGAGAGAGAGACAGACAGAGUGAAUGGGGGUUCUGUACUAAUAUGGAGAUUCUGGGCGGAGUGUGUGGAGUUUUUUCACUCUCUCUCUUUCUCUUGCACUGUAAACUCCCAUCACUGAGCUCACAUUGAAUAACAUACACUCUCUUACACACACUUUUACACACACACACAGUCAGAGCUCAGAGACUCCACGAGGCAAGGAGAAGAUCAGAUCAGACAUCCUUCUUCCCAACAACCCAGCAGCAGAGAUCAGGAGUGUCUGAGACCUUCCCAUCAUGCCGGUGGUGUUCCGCUCCUCCCCGUUGAUGUGGUCGCGGGUGGCGGCUAUGGUGUUUGCGUGUGUGGCGUUUAGCGUAGCACUGUACGGUGCACAGCUGGGGCACGGUACCGGAGACUGGUGUGUGUUCUGCUGGAGCUUCAGCUUCGCUGGGACACUACUGAUCCUCCUGGUGGAGAUCUGUGGCCUGCAGUCUCGCGCUCCUGUCUCCUGGAAAAACUUCCCCAUUACCUUCGCCUGCUAUGCCUCUCUGCUCUGUCUGUCCGCCUCCAUCAUCUUCCCUCUGUUCUUCCUGAAAGGCUACGGGGGACGCGAGGAAUACGUCAACUGCCGCAUCGUCUCCACUGUCUUCUCAUGCCUCGCCACGCUCGCCUACUUCAGCGAGGUCAGCCUGAGCAAGGCGCGUCCAGGUGAGGUGUCCGGCUACAUGGCUACAGCGCCAGGCAUUCUGAAAGUCUGUGAGACCUUCAUUGCCUGCGUCAUCUUCGUUUUUAUCAGCGAUCCGGUGUCUUAUAACCAGAAUGCAGCAACAAAAUGGUGUCUCUCGGUCUACUGCAUCUGCUUCAUCCUAUCAGCGGCCAUCAUCAUCAUGUGCAUCGCUGAGUGGACCGGAUUGCUCCCAGUAUCCUUCCCACGCUUCCUUUCCACCUAUGCUCUGCUCGCCGUGGUGAUGUAUCUCUCUGCCACCAUCAUCUGGCCCAUUUACAAGUUUGAUGAGAAACACGGGGGGAGCAGCCACCGGCCGAAUCAGUGCAGCUCCUUCAUGGGGCUCUGUGUGUGGGAUAAGCUGUUAGCCAUCGCUGUCCUCACAGCAAUAAACUUCCUGCUGUAUCUUGCAGACCUGAUCUAUUCAGCCAGGCUUGUCUUUGUUACAGUUUAAUCAAGGAACAACCUCGCCUCCACUUCCAAUACCCUUUCUGCUCAGCCACCAUUAAAUUACCGUUAUUAGCUUGAAUGAAGUGCGUUAGAUUAGCAUACUCUGACAUCACUGUAAUCUUUAUGUUUCUUUUCUAAAGCUGUUUACAAAAGAUCAAUAAAAUUCUUCAAAAUUAAACUGGGUGUUAUGAAGCUGGCUACGUAGACAACCAGGUAAUUUGCAGGCUCACUAGUUAGCAAGGCAGAUUAUUCUAGCUAGGUAACAAAUCACACUAGCUGGUUAGUUAAGUGUGAAGUGUUCCUCACUCGCACAGUAUUUAGAGGAAGUCUAUGAGGGCAGAGUUGGGCACAGUAUUGGGAAGUGGGCGUGGUUUCAUGGUCAUUGUGGUGUCAGUGUGCCACUUAUGCUAGCCUCUCUUUCUUUGUCUUUCUGUGACCUCAAACACACUGUGUGGUAAAGCUUCAUUUAUCAGUGUUCAUUUUUCAGAGUUAUGUGGUUUCACCUCGUUUUCAGCAAUCGUAUUAUACCAAAGAUUUCUGUGCAUCAGAGCAAUUUUAAAAGAAAAUGUCACAAUCCAAGUUGCUAGUUUUAGAGCUUGUUUAAUUUGUAUGCAUUUAAAAUGAAUUUUUUUUUUUUUUUUUUU